CGUUGCCCCUUUAAUUGUGUCCCCAGCCCUCGGGCGUUUCUGUCCAACGCCCACGUCAGCAAAUACCUUUUGUUUCUCUCACGUUGGGGCUACUUGUUUUAGGGCGCAAAGGAACGGCUUCAAGAGGGGGUAUUUCCCCUGCCGGGAACCGGGAAUCUUCCCCCAGCCCGCGCGCGCGACCCGCCGGUGCGCCGCGGCCCGCGGAAAAGCCUUCAUAUACAGACUGUGUUUAACUUGGAUUCUUCCCCUUUUUACUCCACUCAAUCGACUUAGCAGGGUUUCAAGAGCAGCAUUUAUAAAUUCCCAGAAUGGAGAUCUCCUCUCAUCAGUCUCACCUCCUCCAACAACUGAAUGAGCAGCGCAGGCAAGAUGUAUUUUGUGAUUGCAAUAUUCUGGUUGAAGGAAAAGUCUUCAAAGCCCAUCGGAAUGUAUUAUUUGCUAGUAGCGGCUACUUUAAAAUGCUUCUUUCGCAGACUUCCAAGGAAACGAGUCAGCCGACCACCGCGACGUUUCAGGCUUUCUCUCCCGACACUUUUACCGUCAUCCUGGACUUCGUCUACUCUGGUAGGCUCUCUCUCACGGGUCAGAAUGUCAUAGAAGUGAUGUCAGCUGCUAGCUUCCUUCAGAUGACUGAUGUCAUCAGUGUUUGUAAGACCUUUAUUAAAUCUUCGCUUGACAUCAGCGAAAAAGAAAAAGAUCGCUAUUUCAGCCUCUCCGAUAAAGAUGCCAGUUCUAAUGGUAUAGAACGUUCCUCUUUUUAUAGCGGUGGCUGGCAAGAUGAAAGCAGUUCUCCACGCUCUCACCUGAGCCCCGAUCAAGGGACGGGUAUAAUAAGUGGGAAAUCUUGGAGUAAGUAUAAUUACCAUCCAGCCCCCCAAAGGAAUACUCAGCAACCUCUGGCCAAGCAUGAACAAAGGAAAGAGUCCAUGAAAAAGUCCAAACAUUUGAGGUUGUCACAGCCUUCUGAAACGACUCAGUAUAAGUCAAGCAAACGAGAAGCUCGAACAUCUGAUUCUUCCAGCCACAUUUCCCAGUCUGAAGAGCAGACACAGAUGGAUGCGGAAAUGGACUCUACUCCUGUUGGCUAUCAGUACGGUCAAGGAGCUGAUGUCACAUCAAGAAGUUUUCCAGAUGACCUGCCCAGGAUGAGGUUCAAGUGCCCGUAUUGCACACAUGUGGUGAAGCGGAAGGCAGACCUCAAGCGGCACCUUCGUUGUCACACAGGAGAAAGGCCUUACCCCUGUCAAGCUUGUGGGAAAAGAUUUAGCCGGCUAGACCAUCUAAGUAGCCAUUUUCGAACAAUUCACCAGGCAUGCAAACUCAUCUGCAGAAAAUGCAAACGCCAUGUGACUGAUCUAACAGGUCAAGUGGUACAGGAAGGAACCAGGCGCUACAGACUCUGUAAUGAGUGCCUUGCUGAAGUUGGCAUAGACAGCCUUCCCAUUGAUUUGGAAGCUGAACAGCAUCUUAUGUCCCCAUCAGAUGGAGAUAAGGAUUCCAGAUGGCACUUGGGAGAAGAUGAGAAUAGAUCAUACGUGGAGAUUGUAGAGGAUGGGUCUGCUGAUCUGGUCAUACAACAGGUUGAUGAUAGUGAAGAAGAAGAAGAGAAGGAAAUAAAGCCCAACAUCAGGUAGCUGAAGGUGAACCAACAGAGGUGGCAUGUCUGCAACUUACAUUAACUUCCGUUUCUCUCUCUUUCCGUGGUCAGAGUCUGGUGAACAGAUCAUCAGACUGACCUAAAAGUAAUGACCUGAUAUCAUUUGCAUGCUUUCUGAACAGGCCAUUGUAUUCAUUCUGAACCUUGAUGCCCUAAAAUCUGUUGCUGCACUGGAAAGAAAGACCUAGCUUGAGUUGGCAUGAUGGAUGAACAAUUAAUCCUCUUACUUUUAUUACAGAGAUACCUUUUUUUUAAACAUUGGAAGAUCGACUUAGCAAAUUUUUUUCAAAGAAAAUAUUUUAAAUAAAUUCACCACAAUCAAAC